ACAACUGUCAUCAGCGAAAACAAUGGCGACUAGUAAAAAGGAAAGGGAGCAGAAAUUUUCCUUGGAUGAUUGUAUUAUCCUCUGCAAUUUGAUGGCAGAAGACUGUGGAUUGAACGGAUUAAGCAACCAUGAGCUUUUAAAACACCGAUUUACUGAAGGAAUAACAAGCCAGACAAAAAAGAAGAUGUGGGCAAGAGUGUCGGACAUGUAUAAUGUAAAAGCGAGCAAGACAAGAUCAGCUGACAAGCUUGAAAAACAGUGGCUCAACCUAGUGGCCAAGCAUCGAAUAAUCUACACGGAUUACGUGAGAGACCGUGCACUGACUGGAGGAGGUUGUUUGCAAAAAAAUCUGGACAUCGUGACAGAGGCGAUCAUGAACGUGAUAGGCAUUGAGUCGCCUUCAAUCGCUGGUGCUGCAGGUGUGGCACUUGACUCCAGCUUCAGUCAGUUGGAGACUUUAUCAGCUGUAGCAAUACCUUCCCAUGAACAAUACAUGGAAGUGGUUUCAGGGCCAAGUCAAACAGUGGAUUAUGGUAGCAGAUGUCACUGCAGCUGUCACAGAAAUGACCAAUUACAGGAGAUGUCUAUGGAGCAACUGAAAAGAAAAAAGAUCAUUCUGGAAAUUAAGCUGUUAACGCAAAGGCUGCAGUCACAAUAAAUGUGUUUUUUUAUGUCCCCCACUAUAGUAGUGGGGGACAUAUUGUUUUUGCCCUGUCUGUCUGUUGGUCCGUUGGUCUGUCUGUCUGUUUGCGCCAACUUUAACAUUUUGCAAUAACUUUUGCUAUAUUGAAGAUAGCAACUUCAUAUUUGGCAUGCAUAUGUAUCUCAUGAAGCUGCACAUUUUGAGUGGUAAAAGGUCAAGGUCAAGGUCAUCCUUCAAGGUCAGAGGUCAAAUAUAUGUGGCCAAAAUCGCUAAUUUUAUGAAUACUUUUGCAAUAUUGAAGAUAGCAACUUGAUAUUUGGCAUGCAUGUGUAUCUGUUGGAGAUGCAGAUUUUGAGUGGUGAAAGCUCAAGGUCAAGGUCAUCCUUCAAGGUCAGAGGUCAAAUAUAUGUGGCCCAAAUCGCUUAUUUUAUAAAUACUUUUGCAAUAUUGAAGAUAGCAACUUGAUAUUUGGCAUGCAUGUGCAUCUCAUGGAUCUGCACAUUUUGAGUGGUGAAAGGUCAAGGUCAUCCUUCAAUGUCAGAGGUCAAAUAUAUGUGGCCCAAAUCGCUUAUUUUAUAAAUACUUUUGCAAUAUUGAAGAUAGCAACUUGAUAUUUGGCAUGCAUGUGCAUCUCAUGGAUCUGCACAUUUUGAGUGGUGAAAGGUCAAGGUCAUCCUUCAAUGUCAGAGGUCAAAUAUAUGUGGCCCAAAUCGCUUAUUUUAUGAAUUCUUUUGCAAUAUUGAACAUAGCAACUUGAUAUUUGGCAUGCAUGUGUAUCUCAUGGAGCUGCACAUUUUGAGUGGUGAAAGGUCAAUGCCAAGGUCAUCCUUCACAAGGUCAAGGUCAUCCUUCAAAAUUCUUAGUCCAUAAAAGAAUUAAAUACUUUUUAAAAUAGCAUUUGUUUUCAUAAAAAUAUAAUACAUUUUGUAUACAGAAAACAAGUUUGAAAGCAUGAAAUGCGUAAAUAUUUAUUAUGUUUGAAAAAACUUUUACAGUAUACAAUAAUAUAUAGACUCUUCUAAAAAUCAAAUUUUUAAACAAAUGUAUGGUCUUCAUUUUCAUUUGUAUAUUUUGUACAGUUGUGUCAGUAUUACUGACAAGUUUAAUUCAGUUUA